UAUUUUUAAGGUGACAGAAGGAGGGCGGUUUGAACGCAAAGAGCAAAUAGUUCGUGUUAACAUGUGUGAAUUCAGCCAAAAAUACCUGAUUAGACCGACGUCCUUCCACACAGUCAGUAAAAUACAUCAUCUGCUCGGUAUGUGCUAGCCGAUGCUAAACGUCAAUGUGUUAUUGCCUUCUUCGGAGGACUUAUUAGCUCACGUUAAAUGCAAGUUGUUUUGCUAGCGUGCUAGCUAGCUAGCUAGCUUCUUGUCCAUUCGUCUUGAACUUUUCUCAGUGGACCGCAGCAUCUGUAUAAACCUCCUGAAGAUGGCGAGUGUGCACGAAAGCUUGUAUUUCAACCCCAUGAUGACAAACGGAGUGGUCCAUGCUAACGUGUUUGGUAUCAAAGACUGGGUGACUCCGUAUAAGAUCUCCGUCCUGGCGCUGCUGUAUGAGAUGACCGCUUCCAAGAUCACGUUGCCAGAAAGAAGGCGACUUAACAAGCUGAUCCUGCCCCUGCAGCAGGGUCCAGACCUGACGCUUGGCCAGUUCCUGAAGACUGUGGAGGAGUGUUGUCCUCAGACCGCGUAUGCUGUUAAACUCAGGUUGCAUGAAAUGGCAGAUGGGGAGCUGAAAGACAUGGAGUUCUUCUUUUUCACUCUUCCCACUCCAUUCACUGCUUUUGAUUCGGAAGCUUAUAAAACCAGUGUUGUGGGUCUUUUCAUGAGACACAUGCUUCUGGCCUACAACAAGCUGUCUUUUAGUCAAGUCUACAAGCUGUACAAGUCGCUGCGCCACUACUAUCACAGUCACUAUGCCAAGCCUACGGAUGGGCAGGUGAGCUUGCCGGCGCUGGUCGCAGAUGACUCGGACAUGGACCUCACCAGCACUGAGGACACUGUGGGGGACAGAGUGGACAAAGAGGAGCUGGACAUACCGCUGCAUGAGUCAGAACUACGAAGUGACAAUACUCCAAGCAGAGGUCCCCUGUCACAAAAACAAGCAGAGUACUUUCUUGCAAGACAGGCCUACCUUCUGAAGAACGAUGAGAACAAAGCCCUAAAGCCAGCUUCACUGCAGGAAGAGCUCAACAACAUGCUGAAGUUUAACCCAGAUUUUGCUGAAGCGCAUUAUCUGAACUACUUGAACAGCAUGAGAGUCCAGGACAUCUUCCUCUCGGCUCACAGCCUCCUACAUUAUUUUGACCGCCUCAUCUUGUCCGGCAAUGAGGGAAAGAGCAACGGUGACGAGGGCUAUGGCCGAAGCCUCCGCUACGCUGCUCUUAACUUGGCAAGCCUGCACUGUCGCUUCGGUCACUACCACCAGGCCGAUCUGGCUCUACAGGAGGCUAUCCGGAUUGCCCAGGAGUCCAAUGAUCACGUGUGUUUGCAGCACUGCCUGAGUUGGCUCUAUACGCUGGAACAGAUGAAGGGAUCUGACAGCACAGUGUUAACGGAGGACUCGGUGAAAAUGGCUGCCCAUUUCUGCCUGCCAUACCUGGCCUCUCUGGGCAUUCAGUCUUUGGUCCAGCAGGGGGCGACACAGGGUAAGAUGGCGCACAAGCUGAUGGAUGCGCUGAAGGACACAGACAUCCUGCACUGGAAGCACAGUCUGUCAGAGCUCAUCGAAAUCAGCCUGGCUCAGACUACAUCCAUAUGGAGGAUGUACGGAAAGAGCACCAUGGCUCUGCAGCAGGCCCAGCUGCUUCUCAACAUGAGCAGUCUGGAACCAGUCAACUUCGGGGUCCAGCAGAACAACACAGAGGCCUUCGCCGUGGCUCUCUGCCACCUAGCUGAACUACACGCUGAGCAGGGCCUGUACAGUGCCGUUUCAGAGAUCGUUCAGCAUCUGAAAGAACAGUUUCCUCCUCACACGCAGCAUGCCAAGCUCUGGAUGCUGUGUGAUCUGAAAAUUCAGUUUGAGCGGCAUAUGAAUGAGGGGAAAUAUCACUUGGCUGAGCCUCUAGUCGCAGCUAUUUCUGCCUUAAACAAGACGGAGGGUCUUUACAGGAAAGCUCAAGUCCUGAAGGCUCUCAACCGUGGCACUGAAGCAUACAGUGUCCUACAGCGCCUACAGGUUCACUGUGAGAAGACUAAAUGUACAGAGAUGGUCAUCAGAGUGAUGCUGUCCACUGCCCAGCUCCACUGGGAGGCGUCUGGUUUCUCCACAGCUCUUCCUCUCCUCCUGCAGGCCUUGGCUCUGGCUAGACAGCACCACCUACAGUCCCUGGCCUCAGAAACUAUCCUUCACCUGGCCUUCACUCAGCUGAUGUUGGGUGUUCCUGAGCAGGCUCUGAAUGUCCUGCACGAAGCCAUGGAGCCCGUUCUAGCUCACGGAGCGGUUAUGGACAAGGGACGUGCCAUGCUACUGGCAGCUCGCUGUCAAAUGGCGAUGGCUGGGUUCAGGCCAAACAGACAAGGUCAAGCAGACUUGCGCCAGGCGGUUUUGGCUGUUGACACGCUGAACGAGGCCACAGCCUAUUUCUCCAAACUGAACUGUAAAGAGCGGCUCCGGGACAUCCACUACCUGCAGGCUCAGCUCCACCACUCUCUGGGACAGACGUUGCAGUGCAACAAAAGUGCCAUGCUCUUCCGGCUGCUGGACCAGGAGCUGCAGUCUCCGGCGCCACAAGUCUCAAUGCGUCUUUAACGAGUUUGCAUUUCGGCUGCUGGAAUGUGUACGACAUAUCUUCCAAUUCUGCUGCUGCCGUCAGACGAAAACAUUUCAUUCUUGCGUAGCUUCAACUCGAGGAAGCCCUGCAACCGUUUGCAUGCAGCACCGGGAUGAUGAUUGAAUGGAACAAUCUCAACAGUAAUGAAUAAAGAUGAGUUUCCAGUAGGUUAAGAACAAUAA